AUGGUUCAUACUGAUCGGCGUGCAUUGGAGGUGAAGCCCAGUGAAGGCCCAACAGAGACUGAGGCAGAAAAAUGUCAUAAGUGUCUAUGCGGUAAAGCGUUUUCUACCGUGCUGAGGCUGAAGACACAUCAGCGAUUUAGCCGCAACAGCCAGUGUUCUCCAGAGGAAAUCAAACAAAAGGCAAAGAAGACCAGCAAUGAAUUUCACUGUAGCGAGUGUAAUAAAGCUUUCAAUGGCCAUAUCGCCCUCUUUAACCAUCAGCGAUGGCACGCUAAUCACUCUGAUGACUCGGCGAAAAGGUUCUCAUGUGAGGCAUGUGGGAAAGUGUUUAUGACUCUGACCUUCUACUACAGACACCAGCGCACGGCACACAGCGAUGAGACCCCGGCAAAGUCUUUUCUUCAUCAAGUGUGUCAACUCCAGAAGAAGGCAUUUGAAUGUAAAGAUUGUGGACUGAAGUUUUCCAGGGCUUCAGCACUGCACUCCCAUCAGCUUCAGCACACGGACGUUUUCAGAGAAACAGAGAAGGAAGCCCAGAUGCGUUCUCCUUUGUUGCCUGUGAGUGAAAUGCCAGAAUGUGGGUGGGAAGCCACGCAGCACUCUGGGGGUUCAACAGAAGGACAAGGGCUGACCGAAAGCAGUCUUCCUGCUGCUAUGCCUGAAGAGUCGCACAUCAGUGAGGCUGAUGAAGAUUCAGAGAGCUAUGAACCUGGAGACUUUAACGUACAGGUGAUCAGCGCAAGCGAGGACGAGGACGAUGCGGACCAAGACCUGAACCCUGACCUAGAACUGCUGUGCGAAUCUGAUCAGGAUGUCCGAGAUGACUGCGACGCUGAAGCUGCCCCCAGAAGUCUUGUGCUAAAACCAGAGAUGGACCUGAAAAUAGUGCGGCUUGACUUUGGGCACAUGGACGAACAGCGCGCCCUUCUGGCCUGGGAAGCGGAGGGGAAAGCCGACGAGGAAAGACACGAUUGUCCAGAGUGCUACCGCUGGUUUCCUAGCCCUUCGUCGUUAUGCGUUCACAGAAUGUGGCAUGACGUUCAUAAGAGAAGACAACAGACUCAAGGUCAGUCAGCGGUGGUUUGCAAAUGCCACAAAUGUGGCCAUGAAACCAAUAGUUAUGAAGCACACUGCAGUCACAUUCAAACCCACAGUGAUCAAAGCCAGAGCGAUGACGUGCUGAACCCCAGAGAAGACUUGGAGAUCAAACCUUUAGUAUGCAGUGACUGUGGUAAAGUUUUCUCUCAGUUGUCUGCUUUAGUCUCUCACCAGUUGCAUCAUUCCAAAAGAAAACAGUUCCAGUGCCCAGAUUGCAUGGUGUCUUUUUUGCAUGCGGCCAGCUUGUUUAACCAUUUGAAGAUCUGCUCAGCACAAAAGAAGGAAGACAUUUCUGCCUGUAAGAAAGAAUACAAUCCAAAGAAAACUCUACUUGGUCCAAAGAUUUAUCAUUGCGAGCACUGCGGAAAGGGUUUUUGGUCUUUGGGGGCUUACUCGCAUCACAAGCAAAACCAGACUGAGUGUGUAGACUUAAGGCUGAGGAAAGGCACCCCUGGAUCAUUGCACUCCGUUAAUGGACGUCAGCGCUCCAGCGGUAAGGUGGCUUGUCCAGUGUGCGGCAGGAAGUUCCGCCACAAAGGUAUCAUGGCAUUGCACAUGCGCAAACACGAGAACGGAAACCACAAAUGCGAACUCUGCAGCCGCUCCUUCCGUCUCUUCUCCAGUCUGCUCAGACACCAGGUGGUGCACAGCGACCAGCUACUCCCACCACCCAUUAAGUCUUUCCAGCAUCAAGUGGAGCAGCUGAAGAAGAACACGUACAGCUGUCCGGACUGUGGGAAGCUGUUCUCAAGGGCAAAGGCCCUGCAGUUUCACAUGAAGAGCCACGGCUACGAGACCGGCCACUCUCCAUCAUCACCGCGCUCCACAGCCCAACUGGAGGACCUGCAGUGUGCAACGUGCCUCGCGCAUUUUAACAGCAAGAGCUCUUUAAGGGCUCAUCGGAAACUUUGCAUAAAAAAAGAGAACCAAGUGGCUGAGAGGAUGGAGCCAUUAGAAAAUAUGGGAUUACCUGACCAAAAUGUACAUCCUGGUUCAAAGAAUGACAUUAAAAGUGACGAGCUGAAGACAGAAAAGUACUUAGAUAUGGGCAGCAAAGAGAACUUAAGCUCAACUGACCUUAAAUAUAAAUGCAAGAAGUGCGACAGAAGCUUUUCAGUGGUUGGAGCUUUAAAUUUUCAUAAAAGGGUUCAUGCCGAAGGCAACAAAACCUCAAAAUCUAAUUUGGCUAUUUCUCUCAUGUUUAAGAAACCUAAAAAAGAGGAGCCAAGUAAAGGACCGUUUCAUUGUUCGGAAUGUGGAAGGAGAUUCACGACUAACUCGGCUCUCGGGUCGCACAAACGCUGGCACAAGGAGAAGAAGUGUUCACGCACCUCACUAAAAGAGGAUGACCUAAAAUCCGAGGAUGGGCCUUUUCAUUGUACCAAAUGUGGCAAGCAAUUUUUCAACCGCCGUGUCCUGCGGCGUCAUCAGAUCUUCAACCUUCGCUGUCAAACCAAAUCUGUGGCAGAUUCCAACAAAAGUGCAGAGAGCAACUGCACAUCGGACCGAUUUUCAUGUCCAGAAUGUGACGAAACGUUUGAGCAAGGCUCGUUUCUGGCUUUUCAUUUUCAAACGGAGCAUGCAGCAGACCGCCAAGGACACCAACAGCUCGUUGGUGCUCGUGUUCCCGAACAGGUUGGUAUGAGUUUGAUGGAGAAAGAAUCCUUGUCGCAAACACUGAUGCCAAAGGCUCACCAGUGCCCCCUCUGCUCCAUGACCUUCACAAAGGCAAGAGGCCUACGCGCUCAUAAGUGGCAGGCCCACUCAAAAAGCAGAAAACGCAAAAACAAGCUUCUGCUGAGCCCCAAAAUGGAGCCCACUGACCCUAACAAUGAAUUCAAGAUGGAAGAUUCAGGAUGGGUGAAUAACUGCAGGGGAGCGAAGAGAAAUGGAUUGGACCCUCUACCUGAGAAGUCAGCAUCUCUUGACUGUGCAGAUGGAUCCGUUUAUGAAAUGGAACUCGGCUAUGUUGGUGUUGCCCCCAACCUCAACAGAGUGAGCUCAGAGUUCGGCCAGGAGUCCAAACUGGAGAUCCAAACCCACGAAACCACAGCCGAGGUUCCUCCAUCGCUCGUCCGUCUGUCGGAACACGCGGUCAAAUGCUUCUUCAAGUGCGGCAAGUGCGGGAAGGCCUUCCAGACCGAGGAACAGUUAGGAGCCCAUAAGACCAAGGCCAAGGCCCGGCCGUACUGUUGCGCUCUGUGCUGCCACGGCUUCUGGAGCGAGACCCAGCUGCAGCAGCACCUGGCCUGGCACGACCAGGUGCGCUGCCGGCUUCCCAACGAGGUGCGCUUCAGGCUCAGCGCCGCCAUGACCUCCAAGCCUCAAAAGUCCCUCCCUGCUUCUCCCGCAAACCCACCCGCGGUCAGCGCAGCCAGCCAGUCACAAAGCGCUCCGAAGUGCCAACACUGCGGCAAAGCCUUCCUCUCAGCGACUGCGUUAGAGGAACACCAGACUCAGGAGUGUGGCAGCUGCUCGCUCCACUGCGCCGUUUGCCUCAGGACCUUCAGCCACUUCCAACACCUUAUCGAUCACCACCAGGAAUGUAGCGUUAAAGAGUUCAGCAUAACUUGUAAGGAUUGUGGACUGGUGUUUACUCACAUGGGCACCUACAAGACUCACCUGCACCAGCACGCCCUGGAGGAGGAGGAAGCUCAGAUGGGAGACGAGGCCGCUCCAGCAGCAGGCCCAGCCGCUGGGAUUCUAGAUGAUGCACAGGGGAGAGAUGGAGACACGAGCGGUGAUGCAGAUAUGUGUGAUGUCAGCAGGUCAGCACAGACACAACCCUCAGAGUUUCUGCAAGAAGCUGGAGUUCACACGGCCUCCACGAAGAGCACACUGGGAAAGGUGUAUGCCUGCCUCAUCUGUGGGAAGGUUUAUACUUACCUGGUUUCAUUCCAAAAACACCAAAAGCAGCAUGACAACGAGCCUGCAGAAGAGAAAAGUCUGGAACAGAGUGAACAGAAUCUACGCAAGUAUGAGUGUCCAGACUGCGGGAUGUCUUUCAUCAGGCGCUCGCGGCUGAUCGGUCAUCUGAAAGUUCACAGGUCAAAUCGCCGAUAUAAAGCAACCCCUGCAAAGUGUGAUCAGUGUAACAAAUACUUCACGUCUGCAAAAUCAUGGCUGGCUCACCUUGACCUGCACAAACAGAAGCGGUUUUGGUGUUUAAGCUGCGCUCAGGGCUUCUUAGACGAGGUGUCGCUGGAUAAACACCUGCAGAAUCACGGUCUGAGACAGCAUAGGCAAAACAUCAUUGCAAGGAGCCCAUAUCUGGCUCAACAGCUCACAAGUCAUUUAAACACACAUGAGAGAGUAAAACCUCAUCAGUGCCCUUGCUGUGGGAACAGCUUCUGGCAUCCUGAAGAAUUGCUUGUGCACAGACAGAAGCAGUGUGGGGUUGAUUUAGGGAUCAGCGGUAAUCCUCCUGAGAGCUCUGCAUUUGAAGACAGCGAGGAAGAUACCCAAAACGGCUCUCCACUCACCUGCUUCAAAGAUGAUGCAGAGAUUAAAACAGCUCUUCCAGGUACAGAAGAACUGCUAAAAAAUCAAGAAAAAAUAGAGAGAAAUGAGGAUCAGAGUCUGUUGAAGGAUUCAGAGGUUGGAGGUCCAGAGGACUCAGAGGAGUCUGAGGAGUCUGAUUGUGGAGAGCCUGUGCAUUGCUUCCAGGGGACCAAACCUACAGCCUGCAAUGAUCCAUCUGACGGGAAGAAAUCAGAACAGGAGCUGGGAUUACCGGUGUCCAUGUGCUUGUGCAACCGACUGGACGACAAAGGGCCUGAUAUCACAGACACAUAGGAAGCUGUGAAGCAAAGAGCCAUGCAGAGUGAGACCCAGGCGCACACGGAACCAAACCCUGUGACAUCAGAGCAACAUCGGAACACUGCGGCUGAGCCAGUGCUAAGUCAACCACAUGCACAUGACAAGGAGAACGGAUCAGCUCCUCCUGCUGUGUCAGAGACCGUAGUCGCGGGAGAGAACCAUCCAAGGGAAGAGCAAACACCAGAGAACUCUCCAAGUAUGACUGCAGUCACAGCACCAGCAGAAAAUAAGCCUGGAGACCAGUCCCAAGCCCAGUCUGGUAAAGGCACCGGGGGAAGGGCCGGGGACCGUACUGCAAAGCCAAAUGCUCCAACAGAACCUGAUAGCAGCACAUCACGUGGAUGUGAUGAACAAACGGCAAAGAAAGAGGAAAAGGGUGAUGGAAGGAAAUAUGUACCUUCCAAGAAAGCCAUGCUGGAUCCUCUGAAGAUCGAUAUGUCCAAACAACUGCUUAUGCCUCUCACAUCAUCUCAGCUUUCUCUACAGUGCAUGGAGUGCCACAUAAUCUUCAGUGAUCUCAAGAGCAAAGAGCGUCAUCUGAAGCUGAGCCACCCUGCCGAAUAUGAGCAGUGCAUCCUGAGGAAUGCCCUUUUUGCCUGUUAUGUGUGCGACCGCCACUUCACCAAUUCCAUAGAGCUCAUGGCCCACCAGAAAACCCACGUAGAGAAGAAACCCUUCAAGUGUCCUAUCUGCAGCCAGGCCUUCAAGAAGUCAUCAGAGCUCACUGUUCAUAAAAAAAUUCAUUUUGGUCAGGAUGGUUAUGCCUGUGUUGACUGUGGAAAACCUUGUAAAACACUGACAUUGUUGAGGUAUCACCAGCGCACCCACACAGGGGAGAGGCCGUAUGUUUGCAAGGAGUGUGGAAAGAGGUUCACCUUGCCCAAAAGUCUUCAAAAUCAUUUGAUUUCACACACGCUGGAGGGAGAUAAUGGAGAAGGCGGAGGAAACGCGGCUAAAGUAAAAUCAAAGAAAAAGGCUGGUGCCUCUGCAAGCUAUCCCUGCUCUGUAUGCAGCUCCACUUUCAAGAGUUCAAAGUCGCAGGCAAAUCACAUGAGAGCUAAGCACAGUGGGGCACCUUCUGCAGCCAAAGCUGCUCUCCCUGUCGAACUGCAGAUGAAACAACCUACCCCCAUUAUAACUCCAAUAUCCAUUUCUCAACAAGAACUGUUACAAGUGGAACCCCAUGGACCCCUGCAAAAAGUCGAUGCCAAUAUUGACACUGAGCAUAUUCGGAGACUUAUUGAAUCAUUGGGUAAUGUGCAGAAAGUGAACCAAGUUGUCAUACUGGGGCAGGUACCUCCUCACGCGCCCCCACUAGGAGUGCAGCAGCUAUUACAACCAGUCAAUUCAGUCAAUUUGAAUUUAGGUCCACCACAGUUAAAGUUUAUAGGGCUAAAACAGCCAGAAUCUAAGUCAGACGAACCAGAGCCUUCACGCAAUCAUUGUGAUCCAAUGGAGCAAACAAUUAUAUUGGAACCUAUUACUCCAGAUGGACAGCUAGAAAACCCCUCCUUCUCAGAUCUAGGAUCUAAUGUAGCAGUUGGUGAAAAUGUAGAACUUACACUAGUUGAAGCUGAACAAACGGAGAGACCCGAAGGAGAUAUGAUGCAUCAGAUCCUUCAACAAUCUCAGAUUUGUUCAGUUCAGUCUGACCCAAUGGUGUGCCACAGUGAGGUUGAUAGUCUUAAAGAAAACUUAGAGCAAACAGUCAUAUUAGAACUCACCCCUACCUUGAUGCCGAUAAUGGAGCUGGAACGAUCCCAAACCGAACAACAAGAUGAAAUGCCUUCCUCCUCUUUGGUGCUGAACACAGACCAAGGGACUCCUGAUCAGGUUGCAGAUCAAGCUGUUGUAGAGGAGCAUGAGAGAAGCCUCUCAGCCCGACCGCUGAUGCCCACACUGGAGCUGGAGUUGACAUCUUUACAACCAGAAGAGGAUAAUCUUUCUUCUUGCCCCUUUGUUCCAAAAGAUGCACUUACACAAGUUCCAAAUGAAUCUGAUGGAAGUUCCAAAGAAGACAUAGAUUCACAAAUUAAAACAAAUUGUCCACAUCAGGCGGCUGAGACGGAUGAAAAAACACAGGAAUUGGCUGAAGAGGAUAAAUCUGACAAAUUGCCAGAAGAUGAAUGGAAAGAUCCAACUAAAAUGGAUAUCCCACCUGCUAAAGAUGAGACUUUGUCACAUUUACAAUCUAAGCAGAAGAUCCAGAACUCAGAGGUACCUAUAAAUGUAAUGUCUGCUCAAGAGCUGGUAAAGGUGAGGAAAAGAAAACCAGCCAGGACAUAUUUUUUACAAGGAUAUAUGCAAAACCUGGUUGAAACUAUAUACGAAGAUGACUUCCAGAUGAAUGCCAAACCUGCCAAACGCCAAAGAACCAGAAAAGGUCAUCUUGUUGUUAAAUUUGGCCCUCAAAACAAAGAGAAGAAAAACAAGAAACAAAAGAAGUCAGCAAUGUGUGAUAAGACGCCACCAAAAAAUGAUUCAUCGCCGAACAAAGGAGGAAAGGGGAAAAAGGACAAGACUGGUGGCAACGUAGCAUCAGGGGCUGACAGGAAAUCCCCUUCAGCCCAGGCUCUACGAGUGCAAAAAAUGAAAGACAAAGGCAAAAGUAACAUGAAAAAACAGAAAGUGGCCCAGGGAGGUGUUUCACGCACGAGCGAGCACAAAGCUAUCACUUCACCCAUGUUUAAAAAGAAAAAACAAGCUAAACUGUUUCUGGCUAAUCAACCCAGGAGUGCACAUGAGGGGAGGGCAAAGAAAAACCUGAAAAUGGAAGACCUCUCCGAAAAGGCAAAUUCCCUGGGCUCUCACCUAACAGAGGAGGCCCUGCUUCUACUGAAAGGUCACAAACAGCCGCAACUGAAAGUUUACAAGCUAGACCCUUCGAAGGCAUCAGGGCAGACACCUGAGACUUCCCCUGACUCGCAAACAAUUUCCCGUCUGAGCACAAAAGAAUCCCCAGAUAAUGUCACAGCAGAAGGUAAGACAAAGGGAGCAAGACCCAAGAAGAGCCAGAAAGCUCUUUCUCUGUUGUCCUCGUUGCAGGUCACCCGACAAGCUGCUGAGAUGCUCCCCACCAAGCCAAAAACCACCAGGAAGCGGAAAGCCUCAUUGAGAGUGGAGACUGAAGGUGUUAUAAGUGCCAAGCGUGCCUUAGAGUGCAAGGACUGUGGGGAGAAAUUUAAUGAAGUCUCGUCUCUUCAAAAGCACAAGUCUACCACACAUAUUGUGGAAAGUCCAAGUCUCACAUACACCAAUGGGAACAUUUUUGAGGGAGUCUCGAGGUUAGAUCUGUACCAACUACCAAAAGUUAAUGAGAAGGUAGUUGGAAUAAUGAGUGCUGCAACAGACUGGGAUACUGAGCCAGAGAUGGGAGAGAUGGCCUUAGAGGAGAGGGAACACAGUGUUUCUUUUCCAGCUUUGAUUCCGUCUCCGUCUUUACCAGUUCCUCCUCAAGAUCUUGAAAUGAGUGCUUACAAAGAUAUGGGUGGCAGUAGAAUGUACAAGUCUCCUAAAUCAACUAAAGAGCCCUCGCCAUCUAAUGAAAUGAAAAGUGGUGAGACCCAAUCAGAUGUCCUACAGCAAACUCAGGCAAAGAUCUGUGAGACAGAAGAGCCUUUGGCAUCAGACAAAGACAAACAAGAGGAAGAAUCCAGGAAGAAUCCCAGCUCGGGGUCUGAUGCCCAGGCCACCACAGAUGAGGAUGUUAAGGAGGAUUUACUCCUUGAAGUAGAUCUGGUCACUGUUGGGGAGCAGAGUGAGAAGGAGGAACCUGUAAUGCAUGCAGAGGCCGUCUCCCAAAAUGGCUCCAGUGGAACCUGCAGCUCUGUAACAGGAAGGCACACUGAGCCAGUUAAUGUUCAGACAGCUGAAAAAAGCCUAACCUCUCAAACUGUGUCAUGUUCCACUCAUCAAGUGGAGGUCAAAGAGGAGGAAGAAGAAAUGUUAGUCCAAAAAGGAAAAGAGGGAGAUAACGGAAUGCUGAGGACUUCUGCGAGAGGUAAGAUAAAAGGACCGGGAUGUCUAAAAAGAGGUGCAUCAUUGAAGGCUAAAUCGGUUGGAAAGUCUCUCAGAGGAGGGGCAGAACCAGAGAGUGAUCAGGAUGAAUGUGAAGUAGUUUAUGAAAAGCGUUCCGUCUCCUCAGAAAUUCCUGAACCUGAAAGCGAUACAAAGAUUUCAAGCAGUCCUGAACUUCAGGCCAGUGAAGCUGCCAUAGCAGUGUUACCCUCCAUUCCCUCUGUGUUAGAGGAACCCCAUGAAGAGCCUGUUGUGUUUGAACUGGAGUCACUGACAGCUGAUGUUGAGGAAGUGAUGAAAGAGCACGGUCAGCAGGAAGGAAAGGAGGAUGAUAGGGAGGCUGAUCACUCCCCCGGCAUCAUCCUGGAGAGAUUCAUUACCUCUGGACAAAGAGAGGCUGCCCAUGAGGGGAAUUGCUUGAUGACAGUGAGGAGCAAAAGGAGACAGGGCUUGGACCGCGCUGCUGAAAACGAAGUACAAGUUCUUGGCAGCCAGGAGAUCAAAGUGGAAGAGAACACCUCAGACCCCCUGCUGUUUGCACCCGCCUGUCAGAACAGACGGAGUGCGAGUGUGCAGCCACAGCAUCAUCGAGACAUCAGAACCAUUCUGGUGAAAGAGGAAAGCAGCUCAACGCUGAAUGACCCUCAGGCCAGUACGCACGGUGGCAAACACAUGCGGCAGUGGAAUGUGGAGCCAGUCGGCAUUGAGAACACAGCCAUCCCAUUAAUGGAGACCGAUGACGCAACAGGAGACUGUCGCGUCACUCCAGAGUUUAACAGCAGCCAGUGUAUCUUUUACCCAGUGAAGGAAGAGGAGAAGGAGGUCCUGCUGGAGACUACUCAGCUCAACAGGAGUACGCCCUCAGACACAGCCCAUGAUACAAGUAGGACAGGAGAUCAGACUCCAGAUCAGGAUGCAGGUGAAGAAAGACCCUCUGCACCAGACUAUCAAGAGACAAUAGUUAGUGGUCUUCAACCAGAACCAGAGGCCGGUGACAUCGCUGACGCUGUGUCAGACUCCGAGUGGCAGCAUCCGUCAGACGUACGAGACUUUGUCCUCCAGAGUUCUGAUGAAGAAGAUACGAGUCCUUUUGAACUGUCUGAGCCACAGCUUGACACAGAAGCAGAAAUACUGACCUACUUCAGCAAGAACCAAUGCAGCAGCGAACAACAGGCAGAUCAAACAUCUCCAAACUUGCCACCUUCUACAAGUCGCCCGCAGGGAUCAAAGGAUGAAAACAGGACCAGAGAGCCCAUUGAUUACUUCUCAAGAUAUCUUGGCUGGGACACCUGGGUAGAAAUGACCGCUUGCACAAAUAAGAUGUCCAACAAGCCAAACCCUGUCACAUCCAGGGAGGUUGCGUGCUUUGUUGGGAUCCACAUUGCAAUGGGAACCUUGAAGUUUCCCAGCCCAAGGCUCUACUGGGAGGACCUGACUAAGGUGCCGCUGAUUGCUGAAGCCAUGCCGCUGAGCCGAUUCCUUGAGCUGUCCCGCACAUUGAAGCUGACCUCUUCAAAAGAUCCAGCCUGCAGUCAUGUAAACAGUCAAGAGCAAGGCCAAACCCGCCCAAGCAGUCCCGGAGGAAUCUCUCAGCACAGUCACGAGCAGUGCCAGUUUGUCAUGGACAGACGUUCCAGAACACAGGCUGAUCCUCUGUGGAAGGUCCAGCCGUUGUUGCGUCGUUUCAACGCAGCGUGCCGGUCACUGAGACAGCCGGGGGACUACGCCGUUGACCAGUAUCCUCUUCCCCUGUCUAGGAAGGCUCAUGACAGCAAGCCAUCUCUCCUCUGCACCUCUCUAGUAGGGUUUGAUGGUUUAGUCUCACAUGUGGAUCUCAAACUGGAUCUGUCUGACAGAGAAGACUCCGUCGAGAGCAUGGUCCCCAAAGGAAGCAUGGUGUUUCUUUGCAAACAGGAGUUGUCCACGCCGGCCAUGCUAGAACGUCUUUUAGCUGCUGGUGUUCAUGGAGCCGGCAGGGUGGGUGGAGCACAAGGACACGUCGGAGAUGAGUUUGUAAGCUCCGACGGGAAGCUGGUGCUGCGCAGAUCACACUGUGGCUUUAUACUUUCCACUGCAGGUAGUAGCCAGAGGAGCAUGGCUUUACUCCUAGACAGCUUUGAGAAAGCCCAGACAUCAGCCCGCCACAGCAGAGAUCUGCAAAGUCUGUACUCGAUCCCUCUCACAGCCUCUGCACCGACCGGCUGGCCGCAGGCAGUGCUCUGGUACCUCACUGAUGUGGCUUUGGUGAACUCCUGGCUCUUAUACCGUCAGGAUCACACAUCAGCGUCAGCCCUUUUGACUCUUAUGGCCUUCAGGUUGGAGGUUUCCAAGGCUUUGAUACUCUCCAGUGGUUCAGACACCCAGGACUCCAUCCCCCCGCAACCCCCCACAGAGGAGGCCCACAUAACCAGGGAUGCUCCGAAUCCCCUCGGGGUGGAGGAGAGUCCCCUGCCAGAUGCAGCCACGCGCUACGAUGGUUCAGGCCACUGGCCCGAGCAGCUCACUGAGGGGGAAGGGGGCAGGUGUCGUUUUAGGGACUGUCAAAGAACAUCACGAGUGCUUUGCCUGAAGUGCUGCGUCUUUCUUUGUAUCUCACGCAACCACAACUGCUUUUUGAAUUUUCAUAAUCAAGGGAGUUUGAGAAAAGAGUAGUUUUAAUAUUAUCUGUACCCCGAAAAUGUAAACAUAUUUAUUCAUAAUGAUCUCCACUGAUCAGCCAUAGCAUCAGGACCACCCACCUAAUAAAGACUAGAUUAUCAAUAAAAAGAACAACACUAAGCGCAUUGUUCAUGAAAUUGUGUUGAUACAUCCGAGUGUGAUCAGUUUAAGGCUUCUUUAACUCCACGGCAAUAAAAAAAAAGGGAUAGCAGAGCUCCUACCUGCCAGCAUAAAUGACUGUUUAAAAUGACAGCUUGUAAUGAUUGCUUACAUGAAGAAUAUAAUGUAACAAAUUGAUUUCCCAUUGCCAUUUUUUUUUCUGCCUAAAGCCAUCAGUCAAGUUGUCCUGGUGUGUGUGUCCGGAGGUUGUGAGCUUAGAUCCUGUGGGUACUGUAGGUUUCGGGUUUUUUGUGAGUUACAUCCUUGUCUUCCUUUUAAAAAAAUUUUUGUAUCCCUUCUAAAGAGAUUUCGUCUGGUCCUGUUUCUGUUAGGCAGGCCUAGAAUGUUACAGUGGGAGGGCACUGCUGACAGUGGAAAUGAAAAUAUUUAAAAAUGGUUUUCAAUUUGCAGCUGACUGAUUUAGGAUAAGAUGCUUUCUCAUUGUAUGAAAACCCCUGUGAUGAAAUAGCAAUGGCAGCGUCUUUUUUUUUUUUUUUUUUUUAGAUCAUUGUGAUGCCUUUUAAUCAGGACAAAUGUUUUGUGUCUGGGCUUCUUAAGUCAUUUAGCAAUUUUUGUUAAAAACAUUUUGUAGUACAAUCUGUGAUGAUCUUAUCUAUAGUUUUAUGACUUUUAUCUGUGAAUUUCUACUUUAUUUAUUCUUACACCCGAAAAUAAUAAAAAGAACAAAAACAUGGAUUACUGAUUUUUUGUUUUUGUUUUUAGCAUAACUUUUUCAUAGUUAUUGAGCUGUUGAAUGUCACAAACUGGAACUGUAUUGAAGUGUCGCUGUAAGUCAUGAUACUAGGAGAGGAGUUCCACAAUUGUGAAGCCGAAGUGUAUUAUUUUAUUCAUGAUGUCUUAUUUUUCUACAAUGUCAAAAUGUUUUCCAUGAAAAUGAUAACCUCACUCAUCUCAAAAGAGAAAUAAACUGUCA